AUGAUGACGAUGAUGAUUAUAAGUGAUGUUGGCACUAGACUCGAAGAUUUGGGGAAAGUAGGUGAAGUUUCUUCUUUAAUUAAUGGGGAUACCAAACAUGCAUCAACUGACACUUUUUUAGACCAUGGUCGUCCGUUGGUUUCUUCAAAUUCAUUUGUAUUUGAUAGCGUGAGUGAAGAACCCAAUACUGAGGUAGCUGGUUUGGAGGGGCCUUUGGAUUCUACAGGUAGUUGGGAUCAUGGAUCUGGAGGUGCUCCUGGUGUUAAGGAGGUGCAGUGGACAACUUUCGCUACUGAACCUGUUGAGAAUGAUGGUAAUGGGUUUAGAUCCUACAAUGAUUUUUUCACUGAAUUUGGAGAUAGUUCUAUGGAUUAA